CUGGGCGGUCUAGCCCCGCCCCCUGGCCACUGCCGCGUGCGCAGUACUCGUCCGUGGGAGAGCCGCGCGCUCGGCGUCUUCAGUUAAACUUGGGUUGAGGGUCGAAGGAGAAGACAUGGAGGAGACGGGAGGCGCGAGCGCGUACGGCGUCUCGCUCGCGGGGAAAGGCUUUGACUUCUAUAAGUUCGUCCGGGAGCCGCAAACGGUGGUGCGCCUGCUCAGCUGGGUGUUUGCUAUUGUGGUGUUUGCCUGCAUCACAACAGAGGGAUACAUCAACCCCCCCACCAGCGCCGAACUGAAGUGCAUCUUCAACCGUAAUGACUCUGCGUGCAACUACGCCGACGGGAUCGGGGUCAUUGCCUUUUUGGCGUGUAUUGGCUUCCUGCUGCUCGACGCCUACCUUCCGCUUAUGAGCAACGCCAAGGAGCGGAAACUCGCCGUUGUGUCUGACCUGGCGUUCUCAGGCGUCUGGACCUUCCUGUGGUUCGUGUGUUUUUGCCUGCUGGCCAGUGAGUGGAGUCACACCGAGGACAUGCGCGGCAUCCCCCAGGACGCUGGGCGCGCUAUCAUCGCCUUCUCCUUCUUCUCCAUCGCCACAUGGGGAAUCACCACCUACUUCGCUCUGGUACGCUUUCGCCACGGCGUGGACAACGUCACCCUCCCCACCUACACAGAGCCGCCUCCAGACCAGCACACCCCCUACCCUCCCACCUACGCCCCCACCACCUACACGCCGUACCCCAGCAGCAUGCCGGACAAGCUUCAGCAGUCGUCCUUCAGCUCCACCCUCCCGCCGCAGGGAGACGGCGGCUACCAGCCGCCUCCAUACUGAUGGAGUAUCGUACUGAUGCGCUUUUACACCGAUGGACACUUUUUUUUUUUUUUUCUUGGGGAGGGGAGGCUGUACACAAGUAACCUUUGAACUGUGUAGAAACCACUUUCACCUCAACGGGCUGGAUCAUGGGACAGAGACCAACAAUCAUGGGGGUGAGGGGUUUGAUUAAGAGAUUCUCACGUUUUACCUCUGUAGAGGCUGGGAGAACGGGUGUCUGGUCUAACGGGAUUAACACGCAGGUCAUUAAUUAACCAUCAGGUGUUUUAGCCCCUGUCCGACUGGAGGGCUCUGUGGAUCACGUCUGGAAGUUUAAUGUUGUUGUGUGACCCAUUCAAACGGCUGAAAGUGGUCAUGAAGAGAAAAUGAAAUGUAUUAAGUCAGAUCUGAGCGUUGGGGGUGUGGCCAUCCGUUCGUCAUGCAGGAACAGAGAUGAAUGACUCCGCAGAAAUGCUGAUCUUUCUGUUCUAUUAAAGUGGGUUAAAAACACA